AUGGCCAAGUACUUUAAGAAAAACCCGUUAGAUGAGAAAUCUUUCAAAUCGGAUAUUGCAAGAUACAAUAGACUCUACGUUUUCUGCUUCAGUUUCGCAAAACUUGAAAGUCCCGUGUACCAGAAAUUCAACAAAUCUCUCAGCGACGACUUUUGCAGCAAAGUUUAUUUUGGGUUUAAUGGAUCUUUGUCAAGAAUUGUUGGACUGGAACCUAAAAACAAAAGAUCAACCAAAAAGAAGCUCAAGUCUGGAGACAAAACUGAAGAAUUGGAACCUGGCCUCCAUAAAAUUGGAAUUGCACUUGAUGCUGAUGAUGUUGGUGUUCUUUUAAAUGACAUAACCAGAGAAGGGGUGCUCAGUAAGUUCCGCGAGUAUGAAGAAUUGGACUUUGCAAAGCCAGGCAACACACCAAUGGAAACGUUGUGUUUGACAAGGAUGAGGUUCUUCCUCUACCUCCCCGUUUAA